CACAGUUCUACAUUCUUGUUCGCUUCCGAAGAUGUGACAUUUCCUUUUGCAUAUUUUAUAUAAAAAAAACAAUGAAUCUUUCUGUCGUUCUUUUACUCUUGGUUCUUAUACAAGUCAAUGGUUACCUUCAUUUAGAUUGGGAGGUGCGGAAUCAAGCGCUCAAUCAAAGUUUAUACGAAGACGUGUUAGAUUCAGAGGAAUGUCAGAAACAAAUUGGUAUCUUGCAGGAUAACACAUUUCUUCUAAGUUUAUUUCUUGACGCCGGUAUAAGGCUACCAAGAGGCUUGCUGGCUGGCAAUACAGUUGACUUAGGCAAUUACCAUCAAUGUUUAGAAAUCAAUACAACACUUCAUAAUACUAAUAUCGAGGGAAAGUAUUGCAUGAUCAGGGUUCCUUUGAAUCAAGAAUUAUCGCUACACCCAAUUUCAUCAAUACAAUCUUCCAAUUUCGAUCCAUUCUCUUUACAUUUGGAUGAAGAUACAAUAACGAAGAUAAAUAAUUACAAAUUAAAAAGAGCAGGUUUAAAAGCUUUAUUCGGCGCAGAUCUCAAUGAAAUCAGAUCGGGACCAGGUAAUCCUCUUGAGUUUUCAGUUCUAAGAUUGGCUGUGUGUAUACCAAAGCCUUGCACAACGGAAGAAGCUAUAUCUGGCCUUUUGUUUAAUAUAACUUCCUUAGGUUUUCAAUAUGAGGAUGAUUUCUGUCGAUUGCCAGAUGAUAAGCCUUGGGUACCAGCGGAUUUCACAGCUUUUGGGAUAUUUUCCCUGAUCGGUUUCCUAACCUUUCUGAGUACCUACUAUGAAUUAAACCAUAUCUUCGGUCGAAAAAGAGAUCCCAAAUCUGCAAAUCAAAUAUUAUGUAUGUUCUCUAUAUACAGUAACACAAAGAGACUUUUAACUUUUAAAUCUUCACCUGGAGCGUUGGAAUGUAUAGACGGUGUGAGAGCUUUGGCUAUGAUAUGGGUACUUUUGGGACACAGUUUUUCAUCACAGCCAUUUACUUAUAAUGCUAUUGAGUCAUUUCAGUGGAUACUGUCCUACGAGGGUUUGUGGAUUACGUCCGCCCACAUCACAGUGGACACCUUUUUUAUGUUGAGCGGCUUACUAGUGGUAUAUACGACUGCCGGGAAAUUAACUUCAGUUGGUCUUCUGAAAAAUAUACACGUCUUUUAUUUAAAUCGUCUUCUACGUAUGUUUCCUAUAUUGGCUACGACUGCUUUGCUAGAAGCCUCAGUUUUCAACCGUAUCUCGGAUGGCCCUGUUUGGGAUACUAUUGUCUCGCAAACGCACAGAUGUAGGACAUUCUGGUGGUCGACUUUGUUGCACCUGCAGAAUUACCUUAAUUCUGAGAAUGUUUGUAUUGGUGCGACUUGGUACCUCGCUAUUGACGUUCAACUACACUUGCUGUCACCAUUCGUACUAGUGUGGGUGCUGAGUGGUAACAAGAAGAUUGCUUGGUCAGCGUUGUCAGCUGGCGUUGUGCUGUCGCUCUCAGCUGCCACUGUUUACAACUUUAUCAAAGAAUUCCCAACAGGAAUGAUAACAGCUGAGAGAGGUGAUGAGAUGAUGUACUACAUGGUAUAUUAUUACAUGAACACGCUGACCAGAGCGCCACCAUUUCUUGUUGGCAUGGUGUUUGGUUACUUACUGCAUACGUAUCGAGGAAAACCAGUUUAUAUUUCUACAAUUUUGAAUCUCAUAUUAUGGGCGUUAUCUUUAUCGCUCCUCUUAACAGUUUGUUACUGCACAUACCCGACAAUGCAGCCGGGCUGGGAUAACCAGACUGUGGACAGUUUGAUCAACUCUUUCAUGAGACCAGCGUGGGCUUUAGGCUUAGGCUGGCUUAUAUUCGCUUGUGUUAAUGGAUAUGGUGGUCCCAUUAACUGGUUACUAUCUCUAAAUCUGUGGAAGUUGCCAGCUCGACUGUCAUAUGCUAUGUACAUAUUGCAUUUCUCACUGAUGGUCAUCUUCAACUCCAGUAAUACAGCGCCGAUAUACUUUACCGUUUCUUACAUUAUAUUCCUCUUCUAUGGAUUUUUUGUAUUAACAUUUAUAGUGGCUAUUUUUGUCACGGUAUUUAUUGAUAUACCGUUUUCUAUAUUGUUCAAACUUUUAUUGGAUAAAGUUAAAGGUCAGGGCAAAGAAUCAACAAAACCAGUAGAUGACAGGGAUUUAUUUAAAAGUGCUCCCGUAUUAAAUAGCCAUACGAAUCGUCGUGUCUCUAACAAUAAUGGCUUACAGAAGUUUGAUUAAGACUAUACAUGAAACACGUAGAAUUGUAGCUUGAUAAUAUUAAUAGCUCACAGAUAGCUCCAGGCGUGGAUAAACAAUCUAUAGCAUUUGAAAUAAGAAGGCAAGAUUUAUUCUAUAUUAACAUAUUGCCUGGAAGAGAUCGCUUGUAGCGAUAAGGCCGCCCUUGCUUUGUAAAUUAGUUAAUUGUCUUUUUUUAUGUAUUAUUAUAGCAUUAAGAGUUAAUAAAUAAA